AUGAUUAAUUUAGGUGUUGGAUCUGGCAUGAAUGAAUUAAAACAGAAGGAAGUGGCAAAUAUUAAAUACAAAGUUUAUAGACCUGCUGAAGCAUACCUCAUUGGUAACACUAAUAUAAAAAUAGAUAUUUCAAAUUCUAUGUCAUACUUAAGAAAGCAGAGAUAUAAA